AUGUUCUGCUUGGAGACGGAGAUGAACGUGGGGCUGUGGUCGAACGCAGGGCGCCUCCUGUUCCCGGGCAUCACGGGGGCACUGCGGGCGUGGACGUGGUCGAGCCUGCGCCGCGGCCAGCAGAGCGCCUGUUCCGACGACGUCAAGCACCCGCGGGAGUUCCCGAUCGCGCGCGAGAGAGGGAUCAAGGGCGAGCUCGCGCGGUUCCUCGGCCACAUGAGCACCCCAGAGCUGGACCUCGUGAUCUCCGAUCACCUCAACGAGGAGUUCUUCGAGGACAUGACGGGCAGCGAGGGCGUCAGGCCACUGGCCGCACUUGCGUGGGCGUCCUCGACCGUGGGCAGGCAGGUCAGCGAGUCGAGGGCAACCCGGGCAAAGGGUCACCCGCCUGUCGUCGCGAGGGGCGCAGAGGUCACAGCCGUAGUCCUUCUGCACCUGCUUGCGCUCAGAGUGAGCUCGAAGGUCGGCAAAUUCGGGGGGGCC